UGAAGUCGCUGCCAGUUCUUACUGCCUGCCUGUCAGCUGGAGGUCUGAUGUGCCUGCCACCACUGGUGUUAGUCUAGGCACUACCCAGACCACCUCUGUCAGAACAUGAUUGUCCUUUGAAUAUUAAUCUACGUUUACCUCAGUAUUUUAAAGUUUGUUGAUAGUUUGGAUAAAUGAUGGCUCAACUCCAGCAGGGAGGUCCAGAUGAAAAAGAGAAGACCACUGCAUUAAAGGAUUUAUUGUCUAGAAUAGACUUGGAUGAACUAAUGAAAAAAGAUGAGCCACCACUUGAAUUUCCUGAUACUUUGGAAGGAUUUGAGUACAUUUUUAAUGAAAAAGGACAAUUAAGACACAUUAAAACCGGGGAGCCAUUUGUUUUUAAUUAUCGUGAAGAUUUGCAUAGAUGGAACCAAAAGCGCUAUGAAGCUCUUGGAGAGAUCAUUACUAAAUAUAUUUAUGAACUACUAGAGAAGGAAUGCCACUUGAAGAAAGUAACUCUUCCAGUUGAUGCAAUUGAGACUGAACCAAAGAGCUUUAUCUUUAUGAGUGAAGAUGCAUUAGUAAAUCCUGACAAGCUGCUGGUCCUAAUUCAUGGUAAUGGUGUUGUCAGAGCUGGUCAGUGGGCAAGGAGACUCAUAAUUAAUGAAGAUCUGGACAGUGGAACACAGAUACCGUACAUAAAGAGAGCUAUUGAGGAAGGCUAUGGAGUAAUAGUUCUGAAUCCCAAUGAGAACUAUAUUGAAGUUGAGAAGACAAAAGCCCAAAUACAGCUAUCUUCUGAUAUCUCAGACGAACCUGCAGAAAAGAGAGAAAGAAAAGAUAAAAUACAGAAGGAAACAAAGAAGCGACGUGACUUCUAUGAAAAGUAUCGAAAUCCGCAAAAAGAAAAAGAAACUAUGCAGAUCUAUAUUAGAGAUAAUGGCUCUCCUGAAGAACAUGCGAUUUAUGUUUGGGACCAUUUUAUUUCCCAGUCAGCUGCAGAGAAUGUGUUUUUUGUUGCUCACAGUUAUGGUGGACUUGCCUUUGUAGAGUUGAUGAUUCAACGAGAGGCAGAAGUAAAGAAUAGGGUAACUGCUGUGGCGUUGACAGACUCAGUUCACAAUGUGUGGCAUCAAGAAGUUGGGAAAACUAUUCGAGAGUGGAUGCGAGAGAACUGCUGUAACUGGGUAUCCAGCUCUGAGCCCCUGGACACAUCAGUGGAGUCCAUGCUGCCAGACUGUCCCCGUGUCUCUGCAGGUACACCCGUUUGUUUGCAAUAAACCAGUGCACAUCUUUAUGCCCAGGAGCAGCUUGUUCAUUUAAAAAUGCAUUUGGUUCCGAUGGCAUAUUAACCCUUCUACAGCAAGAUGUGACUGAAAGUGUAUGGCUGAUGCUAUUUUAUGUAGCUACUCUUAAUUUUUUUUGCUUUGUGGGACUUGAGAUCUCUUGUCUACUUGUUGCUUGAAUUUUUUUAGUCGUUCUCUCUGUUUAAGUAAUUAGUGGCAUUAUAUGUAGGAGUCUAAGAAAAAUGAUAGUGAUAUAGCAAGAACUGGGAAAUUUAUCAUAGGUCCUUGAAUAAAUAUCUUAACUCUAUGUAGGCAAUAAUGUUUUAAAGAAGUACAUUAAUGAAAGUUACAAUUAAAAUAAAUGAGCCACUUUCCUGAAUGCUGAUCAGUGAAAGUCUAGUUUACAUAGCAAGUGAUUUGCAGCAUCAAGGAAUGUUGAUGUGAGUUUUCUGUUGUUUUGCACACACUCAGCUAUGCUUUUUGAUUAUUGAAUGAUAAGUCACAAGAAGCACGUGAAAUAAUACAGAGACUUUAGUUAAAUGUGUAAUAAUUCCAGAAAAUAGAUGUAGUCAUCAAUGUUCAAGGAAAAUCUCCAAUCUCUGUAGGAAAGUAAUCUGAAAUACAUAAAGCAGUUACUGAACUUUCAUGCUUGAUUAUCAGGUUUCCUAAAAGCUGUAGGUAGCGUAUUUCUGUAGAAUACAAAACCCAAGUUCAAAGGAAGACACAGCUUAUACAAUAUUAAUUUAAAAGCUGAAACAAUAUUUGACCUUGCUCUUUGGGAUGCAGUUGUUCAUUUGGCAAGUUAGUUUUGUAUCUGUCUGCAUUUGUGAGGUUGUUAGUGAGACCUAACCUUGCAGAUGAAACUGAGUUUACUACAGUAUAUUUAUAGCACUACUUUGAGAGCUCACAACAACCAGAGAUUUUAAUUACAUUUCUGCUAUGUUUGGGGUCUCACCAUGCAGAUCCUCAGCUCUGUAGUGACAAUGCAAUAGAACUGACAUUGUUCUUUCAUGCUUUGGAAAACAAUAUAUUAGUAAAAUUUUCAUAGAUUCAACAUUCAUUUAGCAACCUUUUACUCUUUUAGGGGAGAUUACUGCAGUUUAAAAGAAAAAUAUUGUUCAGGAGUGGAAUUCUUUAAAAGAAGAUACACUUCCAAUCUAUGAUGUCUCUGUUGCUCUUGUGAAAGAGUGCAUGUUAUACUUUGGCCAUUUUCGUCAGGUAAAUAAGGGCUUGGAUAGCAACUGGUCAGUAUUUACUGUCCACUGGCCAACACUGAAAGUCAUCCAUUAGAGUAUCUUUUCCUUUUCUUUGUAUUCACCUAAAAGGUAUUCUAUAAAAGAAAUCCUAGAUGUUACUUAAAAAUCAGACUGAUGCUUCAUUAAAGCUGUAAAUAAUAAGUCUUGAUUUUACAUUUCUGUUGAAGACAGGUCACAGUGGCCUUAAUGUUUCUGCAUCACUUAAUGAAUUAACAAGCUGCACUGAAGUUGUAGAAGAAUUAGUUUAAAUGGGGUAGGAUUUCAGCCAGUAAAACUUGGGUGUUUGUUUUUAGUACAUACAUUGAGAUAAAUUGAGAUCACUAAUAUUUU